ACAGCACAGAGAUGUUGGCUGGGCUCCGUGCAGGCCUGGGUGCAGGCUGUGCUGCCCACGGGCUGCGGGGGCAUCGCCUGGCUCAUAGCAGGACCACAGAAAAGCUGCAGCGAGAGUAUGAUGCCGUGGUGAUCGGGGCAGGGCACAACGGGCUGGUGGCAGCUGCCUAUCUGCAGCAGGCAGGGCUGCGCACGGCUGUGCUGGAGAAACGCCAUGUGCUGGGUGGCGCGGCUGUUACCGAGGAGAUUGUGCCAGGCUUUAAGUUCUCCAGGGCUUCCUACCUGCUCAGCCUGCUGCGCCCGCAGAUCUACACAGAGCUGGAGCUGCAGCGGCAUGGGCUGAGGGUGCUGCCACGGGACCCCUACUCCUUCACCCCGCUGCUGGAGGACAGGAGCCCGCCCCGCUCCUUGCUGAUGGGCCAUGAUAUGGCCCAGACCCAGAGGCAGAUUGCCCAGUUCUCCCAGAAGGAUGCUCAGGCUUACCCUAAGUAUGAGGUGUUCAUGGGGCGCUUGGUGUCUGCCAUCAACCCGCUGCUGGAUGCCCCCCCUGCGGAUACAGCUGCCCUAGGGCAGGGCUCCCUGCUGCAGAGGCUCCGUGCCCUGUGGCCCCUGCUGCAGGCAGGGCUGGCACUGGGGCGGCAGCUGCCCCACUUUUACGAGGUACUGACAGCCCCAAUCUCCAAGAUCCUGGAUCACUGGUUUGAGUCAGAGCCUUUGAAGGCUACUUUGGCAACAGAUGCAGUGAUUGGGGCCAUGAGCAGCCCCCACACCCCUGGUGGUGGGUAUGUGCUGCUGCACCACGUCAUGGGUGAGCUGGAGGGGCGGCGCGGUGCCUGGGGCUAUGUGGCUGGGGGCAUGGGGGCUCUGUCCCAAGCCAUCGCCCGUGCAGCAGCCACCUACGGUGCCCACAUCUUUACAGAGCAGGCCGUGUGCCGCGUGCUGCUGGGAUCUGAUGGGCAGGCGCAGGGCGUCGUGAUGCAGGACGGGACGGAGGUGAGGAGUAAAGUGGUGUUGUCCAACGCCUCCCCCCAGCUCACCUUCCUGGAGCUCACCCCCCAGGAGCGGCUGCCAGAGGACUUUGUGCGGCGGAUCCAGCAGCUCGACACACGUUCCCCUGUCACCAAAAUCAACGUGGCGGUGGACCGGCUGCCUAGCUUCCUGGCUGCCCCCAACACCCGUGACAGCCAACCUCUGCCCCACCACUGCUGCUCCAUCCACCUCAACUGCGAGGGCACACACCUCCUGCACCAGGCUUACACCGAGGCUGCCCACGGGCACCCCUCCAGCAGGCCCAUGAUUGAGCUGUGCAUCCCCUCCGCACUGGACCCGGGGCUGGCCCCUCCAGGCUGCCACGUUGUGUCCCUCUUUACCCAGUACACUCCGUAUGAGCUGGCAGGUGGGCAGCCCUGGGACGAGAAGGCUCGGAAUGCUUAUGCAGACACAGUGUUCGACUGCAUUGAAGCCUAUGCCCCAGGCUUCAAGGUGUCUGUCAUCGGCAGGGACAUCCUGACACCACCUGACCUGGAGAGGAUCUUUGGGCUGCCCGGUGGGAACAUCUUUCAUGGAGGGAUGUCUCUGGACCAGCUCUACUUCACCCGACCAGCACCAUCCUACUCGACCUACCAGUCUCCAGUCCCAGGCUUAUACCUGUGCGGGAGCGGAGCCCACCCUGGAGGAGGUGUGAUGGGUGCAGCGGGACGCAAUGCAGCCCAGGUGGUCCUCAGGGACUUCAGGCGCCUGCGGUGGCAGCGGUGAAACUGACUUCACCUGCACAGGUGUGUGGCUGCAUUUGUUCCCAGUGGCCCCUGCUUCCCAUCCAUGCUGAGAGCCAAGCAUGCAAGGUAGCAUCCCCUAUGAACAGAGCAGUGCAGCGUCCCAAGAGGUGUCAACUGUCCCAGUGCUGUGACACCCACAGAAAUAAACCCAGCCAUGGACUUUGCAUUUA